GACUUCAGCAGCUGGGAGGGGAAACCAGAGAUCGUAUGACCAAAGGGUAAACAAGGGAAAAGAGGCUGACCCUCAACUCAGCUUCUGGCUCCUCCUGGGAACUUGAAAGAAGACCCCUCUAAGACAGACUCAGCGGCCAGUACAAUUAAGAUUCAGCUGUCGCUGCGGAGAGGAUGCUGUGAACCCGGAUCAGUCCUUACGGCGAUCCGGGAUUCCUGAAGAGAAAGCUGUUUGAGACAGGCCACGCCAUUUUCCUGCCUUGGUCUCUGUCGAGAUGGGUUUCCCGUGGCUCCAACUUCCCUUCCUUUUCCUCUUCUACCUCCUGUUUGCCUCAGUCCAGCUGUGCGAAAUUCCUGCAGGAAACCUUCAGCUCAUCCAGUCCCUGAAUUCAGAGCUUCUAAAAGUAGCGGGUGAUGGGUCCCAGGAGCCGGACCCCAGCCUCUAUUUGGCCCUUCGACUUUCCAACCAGCAUAACCUGGAGAAGGAAAGGGAAUAUCUCAACCGACUGACGGACGUCUUUCAGCCUCAGAGCAGCCGCUCCGUGAUCCCUUCCGAGCUCAGCCACCGGAAAAAACCUGGGACAGGAGAGCUGGCUUUGUACCUCCUCGCGCUGCGGGCUGCUUGCCAGGAGAUGGAUACCCCAGAAAGGAACCGAGUGGUGACUCAGCUGAAGCUUCUCUUGAAUAGAGAAAUGAAGCAGAUCGGUCACAAGGAAAAAGGCUACCCCAUCACUAACUAUUACCAGUACAGCUUGGGGAUCCUGGCUUUGUGCGUUCACAACAAGAGGACCGAUCCGGAGGUGAUCCGGAAGCUGCUGUCGGCCGAACACCAUGGCAGUUUUUAUCACCACCAGAAACUCUCCGUAGACACGGAAGCCAUGGCUGGCUUGGCUUUUGUCUGCUUGGAACAAACCCCCAGAUACUCCCACAACCUCCAGGUCAGCGUGAGCAGGGCUGUGAAACGAGCAAAAGCAAAUAUCCUGGAAGCUCGGACUCAAGACGGGGUUUAUGGGAACAUCUACAGCACCCCUCUGGCAGUGCAGUUUUUGAGCGCCGUCGGAAUGAGGCAGAACCAACAGGAGUUCUCCAGCGGCGUGGCGGCCCUGAGGCAGAGCCUGGAACGCGGAGACUUUCAAAACACCCUGAUCCGGUCACAGCUGCUGCCUGCCUUGUAUUGCAAGAGUUACCUGGACGUUGCCAGCGUGACGUGCCAAACUCAGACAGGAAGUUCAGUCCCUGAUCUUUCUCUGCCGAAACCUCAGGGGAUCGAUCCGACGCGGAAUAUUUCUAUCCGGCUAGAAGCCAGGAAAGCCUCUCAGUUAUUGUACCAGCAUGUCCUGGUGGUUCCUUGGGGGUCGUCGCUUCUGGACGUGCUGGAAGCUGCAGCCAAGGACGUUCAGCAGCCUCUCAGGUAUGAGACCCAGAAUACCCUCUCCGGCCCCAUGCUGACGGGAGUGAUGGGGGAGAAGCCUCAAGAAGGAGAACGCAAGUACUGGAAGAUCCUGAGGCAUCCCAACAGCAGUUUGGACCAAGGUAUCGCCGAAUACGUCCCACAAGACCAAGAGCAUAUUAUUUUGAAGAUGACCUCUUGGUAAGAGAUGGAUCCCACCGCUGGUAGGCCCGGCUGCCUCUUCGCAAACGACGGGCGUAUGUGCGGACUUGUCCUCGGAGAGUUGCAGAAUGUUCUUUUUCCUCCCCUCUUUGACCUUGAGGACUAGGAUUUUUUUUUUAAAUUUGAAUUUAUAUCCCGCCCUUCUCUGAAGACUCAGGAUCUUGGUGUUUUUAAAAAACCACCUCUUUUUGUUUCAGUCCAAAGUCCAGUGGCGUUAAAAAACAAAAACAACGUGACAACAAAUCAGGACCUACAAAAAAAAUAAAUUGUAAACUUUUUGUUAAAAUUGAAAAUACAAGAGAAAGAGAAAUUGAACCUAACUCAUUGGAUCAGGUUUUAUCAUCGGUCAAGAGCCAAGGUGGCUUUAAACUUGGGGAUCCACCUUGACGUCAUGCAGGAGAUAAUUUGGUAUAGUGGUUAGAGCACGAAGCUGCAAACUGGAAGACCCCGAGACCCCGUUUCCUAGUCAUCGUGGUCUCUGAAACCAAGUUAAUCCCUGAAAAGUAAUGCGUGGAUUUGAAUGAGAUCACAGGAAAGUGUCAGAAAAUGUGUUUGAUUUAUCCUGGUAGUUAUUCAAAAGAUGUGUUAUAGUCCAGAUGGGAACUCUUAAAGAGGAAACAGUAAAAUAGAAGUUUGGAUGGUGCAAUACAAUAAUGUCUUCCCUGGGAAUUUGUAAUAAUAAUCUAAUAACAAUC